UCAGCCUCUUCCACUCCAUACCUCCAAGGCUCAGCCUCUCAGUCUUAAGUGAACAAUCGAGACAGGGCCAUGGCCGCCACCGCGAAUCCCGCCCUGCUCUCGUAUCGAAACCCAAAAUCUCUCUUCUCAAGCACAACUAAACGCGACUCGGCAUCCCCACCAAGUCGGACCAAAAUCUCCGGCGGCGGUGGCGGCGGCAGGCCAUCCGCGACUGUGAAAUGCGCCAACAACCCGGAACAGGGAGAAGCAGGCGGCGGCGGCAGCCUGAAGGAGGUUCUGGCGGGAAUGGUGGACGACCGAGUGGAGCAACUGUUGAACAGAGAAGAGAACAGGGUUUUGCUGGAUGAUUUGGAGAAGGCGAGCGACAGAGUGGAGGCGGCCAAGAGAGAAUUGGCGGAGAUCCAAAGACAGGAAUCGGAAGCCAAGCAGAUUAGGGAUUAUAUCAACCAGCUCGAAUCCAGAACUUCUCAGAUAGCGGAAUGUCAGAGGGAAAUAUCAGAAGCAAGAGCAAUGGUGGAAGAGGCAGAGCGCUCUCUGGAUAUUGAUGGGGUUGAACGCCUAGAAGCUAACAAUAUUGAGGUCGAGAUUGACCGAAAUGAAGAAAGGUUAGAGUCUGUAAAGGCAGCUUCUGUUUCGGCCUUAGUCGGCACUCUUGCAGGUCUCCCGAUUUACUUCAGUCAAGCAACCGGCAGUUCUCAGCUCAUUCUCCCUUCUGCAAUCACCUUCUUUAGCUGCGCAUUAUUUGGGGUAACUUUCCGCUAUGCGAUAAGAAGAGACUUGGACAAUUUUCAGCUGAAAACUGGGACUGCUGCAGCUUUUGGCUUUGUGAAAGGUCUUGCUACACUGGAUGGCGGUCCGCCUUUGGAAUUUGAAACUGGGAGCUUCUUCUCACAUGCUCUGAGUGGUGCUAUUUAUGUGUCUGAGAAUCUUUUAGUCUUCAUCUUUGCUGCUGUUGCCUUGGAUUUCUGUUACAAGAUUAGGGUUCUAAGCCCUUUUCCUAUAAGAAGAUCAGCUUCGGAGACUAAUAGAAGAGUUUGGCUAUCCAUGGAGAAGGUGCUGGUGGGCUGCAUGCUAGACUGUCGAGACGCUGAUCCGAGGGAAGACUUCUCAGUCGCUGGAAUGGCUGUUGGAUUAGGGCUAGCCAUCUUGAUCAAGAUGCUCAGCUAUAAAGACCGAGCUCUGAUAUCAUGAACAGAUUUGGUCCCUAGAGUAGGGAACUCGAAAUCAAGUCGAGUUUAGAUCAAAGAACUCGCUUACUUUGAUUCAAUAGAUAGGAAACCUAUUUAUACAAGAUUCUAUUGCUAUCUAAUCCUAUAAAUUAUGAGUUA